AUGAAGUUGGAUGAGUUGCCAAUCUAUGCUGAGUGUCUCGACAUUACAAGUACUGUUAUGAACUCUGUUAGUCCUAUAAGGACAGAAGCUCAAGAACUAUUUACGUACUCGAUGAAACACGCAUUAAUGUACCAAUCAAGCAUUAGAAAUCUCACCACAUCUAUAACCAAAGUAAUAAGGGAUGAACCGGUUGUAUUGGCUCGUCUAGGAUUCGUUGUUAGUUGUAGUUUGGGAGGCUGGGUACUUGGAUAUAAAAGCCGUUCUUUUCGCAAGUUGGUUUACGCAUCCAUAUGUGGUUCUGUUGCAACCGUUGUUUCCUUCCCUAGUGGCUCUGUAUCUAACCUUAAGUACGCCUUUGAUUUUGGGACGAACAAGCUCUCUGAGAUCGCAAAAAGAUUCAAUUUGUAG